UAAGGAACGGAGAGCGAGACGCUCCGUGUUCAUCGCCUCAGCGCAGCAGACGGUGCGAUACUCGGACUCCUCGCGCGCGGAUACGGGGAGGCUGCAAACCUGGCCCCGCGUUUGUUUCUCUUUAAAUUUCGCGCUGCGACCGUCUUCCGGGCCCGUGUUUCCUGCCCACACACACACACACCCUCAUCGUGAGCUCGGAGACCCGCGGAGCAGGAACGCGAGCGGCGCCGCCGCGCUCAGCAACAUGCGUGUCCUCGGGGACGCGCGACGCGUGUGAACGCCGCGCCCCUCGGGACACAAUGGCGCGCUGCCUGUGGCCGGAGCCGCUGUCUGGGCCGCAGCUGAAGCGGCUCGAGGAGCACAAGUACAGCGCGUCGGGGCGCUCCGUGCUCGAGCCGCCCUGCCAGCUCUUCUGGAACUGGCUCGUGCAGCAGAUUCCGGUCUGGAUCGCGCCCAACAGCCUCACCGUGAGCGGCCUCGCGGUCAACGUGCUCACCACGGUCAUCCUCGUGUGCUACUGCCCGCGCGCCACCGAGGAGGCGCCGAGUUGGGCCUUUGUCCUCAGUGCGCUGGGCCUCUUCGUCUACCAGUCUCUGGACGCCAUCGAUGGAAAACAGGCGCGAAGGACCAACAGCAGUUCGCCUCUUGGGGAGCUCUUUGACCACGGCUGUGACGCCGUCUCCACAGUGUUCGUCGCCGUGGGAACGUGUAUAUCCUGCGGAAUGGGAGCAUACCCCAACUGGAUGUUCUUCUGUGGCUUUGUGGGAAUGUUUAUGUUCUUCUGCGCACACUGGCAGACCUAUGUGUCCGGGACACUUCGCUUCGGCCUGGUGGAUGUGACUGAGGUCCAGAUUGCCAUCAUGAUAAUGUACCUGAUGUCAGCCUUUGGCGGAGUUAGUCUUUGGGAGAGCAAGCUGCCCAUCUUGGAGAUGAAACUGCAGAGCAUCCCCAUCCUGGGUAUAAUUGGUGGAGCACUUUACUCGUGUUUCAACUACUUCCAGGUCAUCCUGAGCGGAGGUGUGGGCAAGAACGGCUCAACUGUGGCUGACACCAGUGUGCUCUCACCAGGGCUCCACAUUGGCCUCAUCCUCACCAUGGCCUUCAUUAUCUUCAAGAAAUCAUCCAGCCAACUCUUUGAGCUCCACCCCUGUUUAUACAUAAUAACCUUUGGCCUGGUCAUUGCCAAGAUCUCCAACAAACUAGUGGUGGCCCACAUGACCAAGAGUGAGCUCCAUCUACAGGACACAGCCUUCAUUGGGCCUGGUCUGCUCUUCCUCAACCAGUACUUCAACAGCUUCAUUGAUGAGUACAUUGUAUUAUGGAUUGCUCUGCUUCUGUCACUGGUAGACCUGACACGCUACUGCACAGGGGUGUGCCUCCAGAUUGCUGCCCACCUGCGGAUCCAUGUGUUCAGCAUCAGCCCACAGGUGACGGCACCAAAAAAACUAUGCGAUCAAUGACUACGUUGAUUAAAUUUGGGCCAAAACUCUCACGGAGGACUGCAGAUGAGGCCUUAUAAAGUUCUCCCUUGUUUUAUUAAAGUAGAUUGAGAUUCUGUCUAAAUAAAUGUUUUUGCCAUCUAAUGAUUUAUUAAACAUCAACUAGUCAGUUCUAAAUUAAACUAACAAGUGUGAACUGAAUUAAGUGCUCUAGUUAUGUAACAGUAAGCAUGUAUUGGCAGGGAUGUAAAUAAUGUUGUGGAAAAUCAUUCUUGUGUUAGUGGUCAAACAGCAGAAAUUAUCACCAUGGUAAGUGAUGGAAAGAAUUUGUUUUUAGUAAAGUAUGACCUUUGUUAUUGAGGAUGUAUUUUCUGUCAUGAAUUGUUACUGACUUCAAGUUUAAUCCAGAUGUAAGUUUGGAAUUCUGAACUAAGGGACCACAACAUGUGAGAAAUAAAGUCUGACUUGAAUUACACCGUUCAGUGUGUCCAUGUGGGUAACGCUGAAGGUGUACAAUUUGAAGAGCACUGGCCUGGACUAUGGUAACAUCUGAACUGUC